AUGUCAAGUAGUACUAACCUAUUAACUCCGAUCUUGUGAUUAAAAUAAUACUCAGUUAUUAAUAGAUUUGUAAAAUAUUAACGCCUUGUGAAUUACACUUUAGUGUACAGUAUUAUAAACAUUUUCUAUGAUCUACUGGAGGCUGAACCAGUCUCAGACAACUAUAUUGAGGUACCCUAGUGUGUGUGUUUCAUGUACAGCGAAAAAACGUAUGUGGGAAAAAAAUUAAUAUCGUGAAUUACAACAAAUAGCGUUUGUUAUGGAGUUAGCUGCCCAUACUUCUAUAAACUCUUCAGUUUUUAAUGUUUUCUUUCGGAACAUAACCAAAAAAAGCCUUGUUUUAAAAAAACGGUGGACAUACACAAUGAAGCCAUACAAUUAGUAACAGUGAUAAAUUUGUGCAGGAAAAAAAUUCAGGUUUCAAGUCUCAAAGGAUCGUCGACUGUAAGAUUCACUAAAAAAUGGAUACGCCAAUAUUUAAUUUGUCAGAAGAGGAGUUACACGACGUUUACGAACCAGCUGAAGACUCGUUUCUGUUGAUAGAUACAUUAGAAAAUGAUUUAGAGCUUCUUAAAUCUCAAAAGUGUGCCAUGUGUUUGGAAGUUGGUAUAGGAUCAGGUGUAGUUAUUACAGCUUUGGCAAUGGAGUUGAGAAAGUAUUUCACUUCGUUCUACUUGGGGAUAGACAUAAACGCUAAAGCUUGCCAAGCUUCCAAAAAAACAAGUAUUAUUAAUAGUGUCAGAGUCGAGGCUGUGCAAAUGGACUUAUUAGAUGGUAUAGUCGAUAGAGGUAUUUUUGAUGUGAUUAUAUUCAAUCCACCCUAUGUAGCCACCGAACCUUUGGAAGUUCUCGACAGAAGACUCAUUUUUAAGACUUGGGCUGGUGGUCACAGGGGCAGAGAAGUGAUGGACAGGCUAUUUCCAAAAAUACCUCACAUCUUGUCGGACAAUGGCUUCUUUUACCUGCUUGUGAUUAAAGACAACAAACCUCACGAAAUCAUAGAACUUUUCAAAGGCUUUAACAUGACUGGUUCGAUAGUUGCUGAAAGGAAGAUCAGAGGAGAACAUUUACAUGUCCUGCGAUUUCAAAAGAGCCAAUAUUAAAAUCAAAAAAAUACUUUAAGUAUGUUCUUACUGUAAAUAAUAGGCGUAAAUUUUUA